UGGAUAACAUGCUUUAUUGCCUGGUCAAAUUUUACAUGUGUUUGCGUAAUAAUUUGAAUCCUGAUACUUUUUUACUUUUGCCGGGAAAGAAUAUCUGCCAUCUCAAGCGUUUACUUUAUCAGAAGGAAAGUUUGUUCCUUUCGAAAACUAUUAAACAUUGCUUUGAUGUAUUUUGAAGAAGGGUCUUGUAGCUGCUCUGUUAUUAUAGGUUCCGGUUGGACACAAAAUUAUGAUAGCUCUUUCUGGUUUAGAAAUCCUUUUGGCUAUUAUCUUUUAGUAAAUUAUAAGGGUCAAAAUGCGGAGGAAUGAGUGGAAAUAUUGGUUUAUAUGCGGGGAAUUGGAGAAAAUUUGGCGAAGUGAACACGUAACAUGAGGAGGAAGGUGGAAUGGUUACUAUUGGAGAUAUGAAAUUUAUGACUAGUAGACUGUUGUCAAAUCAAGCAGUGGCCUAGAAGAUAGAUUUUUGGUAUUAUACUAUCGAAGCAUGUGGCUUCAGCAAGCUAUGUAGGAGUUAAACAUCAGAGAUCAGCUCAUCAAGCACCCAUUACCCUCUACAUAAUUGUUGGCAUUAUAUAUCUCAUCUUCUAGCUAGUGCUCCCUUCAUUGAUGGUGUUACCUAGCUUGACGAACAUGUUGCUUCCUAUUUUUCAUAAUUAUAGUUCACAUUUAUUAAUUUUUUGAUUAAAGGUCAGAAAUUUGGGCCAUUAUUUUGUCAUUCAUGUAGAAUGAUAUAAAUUGUGAGAAUAAUCUUGUAUGUUAUUUUGGAAAUUCUUUGCACUUCCUUCUGAUAAUAUCCAAUUUGAAAGAAUACAAAAAAAUUUCUUCCUUAUAUUUUAAGUCAAAAUGAAUACUCUCUCUGUCCCCUGUUUCCUUCCCAUUUACCUUUUCAGAGUGUCUCAUGCACGUCUUUGAUUAUUAAUCAUUAUAGUCACAUGUUAUGAAGCUUCAUGGAGGUUUAUAUUGUAAAUAUACACUUCAAGAUUGUUAUCAAAUAUAAUUGAAGUUCACGAAUUUUGGGAUCACAUAAAUAUGAAGUAGGAAAAUAGUUCUGAGGCGAAGGGAGUAUAUAUUCACAAGGAAUACUGACUGCACUGAUUACAUUUUGACAAAAAAUGACUGUUGUGUUCAGAAUACUUGCCUCAAAUAAAAUCUUGUUAGAAAGAUGAUUGAAUAAAGAUACGUACACUGAGGUGAAUGUAUGGUUGCAUGAGGAGAUACUAUAUCUACAAUGAAGUGAUUCCUAAAAGGGCUAGACCUUGAGUGGCAAUCAUCAAGUAACAUGGAGAAUCAAUGGCAAUGAUUUGGAAAUUUCCAUUGCGAGCAUGAGGAGGCGUGCCAUGUUAGUCUAGAGAAUAAACUAAGAAUGAAUUGGAUGGAAGGGGUACCAAAGGAUAUGAAAGCAUUGGGUCUCCAAGGUGAUAUUUUAUUGCCUUCUACAUGAAUGAAGAAGGGAUUUAUGUGAGUGACUCACUUGGUGUACAUGCUAUCUAUUAUGUAGUUGACCUCAUCCUUUUGGGAUAAGGCUAUGCUAUUGUUUGACAAAAAAGAUCAAAUGUGGCCUACUAGUUUGGAGAAGGGUAUCAAGAUGUCUUCUCGUAGUCCACCUAGUCCAAUGAAGAAAGGAUCAUGUGUAAUCUUCUUCAGGCAGCCUUCUUUUGCUUAAUAAUGUUUUGACCUUAUAUCAUGUAUGACUAUGCAUGUUUAUUGUUCAGCUUGUUUGUUUACUUUGUGAAAAACCGCAUGUAGGUUACUCAAUUGAUGUUGGGUACUUGUAAAACUUAAGAUCUCCUCCUGUAUUAUCUCCUUGUCUCAGGUGGGAUUUUGACUUAGUUGUGUGAUUUAGAAGUUUAUACUUAUAAAAGCAGUCAAUGAGGGACCUGGGUUCCAUAUAGCUGGUAUUAAGAUAAGGUGUGAGACUUGGUAUUAAAUUUUGGGUGAGGUCGCAAUUUUUAUAACAGUCGCAGAACCACUAUUAUGGCCAACAUGGAUGAUCGUGGCUGCUCGGGCUAUUAUGCAGAUCGUGGUUAUUCCUUCUUACACCAAGGGGCCAUUUGUUGGUAGAGGUAAUGAUCUGAGCAGAGCAUCUGAGAGUGGCGGGGUUGCAGAUUUGGAGGAAAUCCUGAAGCAGAAGACCUUUACCAGGUCUGAGAUUGAUCAUUUGACUGCACUGCUACUGUCGAGAACUGAUGAUAAUUCGGUUGGAGAUGAUAAGGAAAGAUUGGAACCCAAUGCUUCAGCCAAGGAGGCUGUUCAUAAUACACGUGAAAUACUAAAUAAUCUACAUGCCCUUGAAAAUGGAGCAGAACGUGUGCUACCUGCAGCAAUCUCAACUCCUGUUGUGAGUUCAAAAGUGCUUGAAGAUGCUGUUGCUUCCCCUGCUGAGCUUGCUAAAGCAUACAUGGGUAGCAGGUCUACAAGAGCAUCCCCGUCAGUAUUAGGACUGCAAAAUCAAAUGCCCAGGGAAGAUCUAUCUGCUACUUAUAAUCCAUUUUUUAAACCAAAAUCUCCAGCCAUGUCUUCUACUCAAAAGCCUGCUAGUGAGAUUGGAGCGCCUGUUAAUGGUUUUAUGACCCCUAGAUUUCGCGGACGAUCUGCAAUAUACAGCAUGGCUCGUACUCCAUAUUCCAGGCCUCAUCCAAACGAUGAUUUUAAGGCUGCCGAAACUGCUUUUGAUGUCCAUGGUGCGUCAUCAUCAUCUCAUAAUGCAACAGAGAUUCACCAGCUUAGUGGAUCUAAGAAACAGGUUCUCAAGCGCAGGAGCUCUGUCUUAGAAAGUGAUAUUGGGUUUGUCGGUCCCAUUCGCAGGAUCCGUCAAAAGCCUAAUCUCCUGCACCAGAAAAUCUUAUCUUUGCCAGCUUCUGGUGCUUCUCAUGUAAAGCAUGGAUCAGUGACUUCUACAGAUUUUACUGAAGUGCCAUCUACCAUUGAUUGGAGUUCUAACCACCUUUCUUCAAAAGCAAUUGAAGAGAAGGGCUUGCCUAGUACAAGCAAUGGUUAUGUUCCUUCACAAUCUAUUGAGAUGGCUCAAAAGAUCUUUCAAGAACUCGACAAAUUCACUUCAAAAGGCAAGUCUCCUGAAAAGAAAAUUGACAUUGUGGGAGGAAGUUCAUCGGGGAAGAUGGCAUCGGAUUCACAAGGAUUGGCUCGUAAGAGCAUGAAUACUGUAGACUCAUUGAAGAUGUUGCAGAAUAUCCAAGACAGUAGGAAGGAGAAUGGUUCCUUGGACCCUAAUGCACGUGAUCAUUCACUUAAGAUAUCACCAAGGGUAGAAGAAGGUAGCAUGAAAAAACUUGUCAUCCCCUCUGUUGAAGAUGGUGCAGAGGCUGGAAGACCUAAUAAGGCCUCAAAUUAUACGAAUUUGCAGUCAGACUUUACCCAUCAACAGAAAAAGCGGGCAUUUCAGAUGAGUGCUCAUGAGGAUUACCUGGAGGUGGAUGAUGAUGUGCAUGCAAAUGGUGUUGCAUCAGCUCCGAUCUUUAACGGGGUGGAUGGCAAUGAGUUGGCUAAAAGUUCAGCUGGGUUCUCUGAUAAUCCUCAAAGUGCAGCAAUUUCAGCAGAGAAGCCUCAAGUUCCAGAACCAAAACCAUCAACAAUUUCAUUGGGCACGAGCAAAGAAGAAUCUCUACCAGAUGGGUCUACUUCUACUCAAAAAAUUACCGGCUUUUCGUUUCCUGUUGGACUAUCAACUUCAUCUCCAAGUAGCAUGAAUACACAAGCUGCAGUUAGUUCUCCUCAGCCAACAGCAGAAAUUGAUAAAAUUGCUGGAUCUAGUGAAAAAAUUAAUGAGAUCACUGCAUAUAGUUCGAACUCUGCCAAGGGGGCUCCAUUUACAUUUUCUGCUUCAUCCUUUAAUGCGGAGUCUGCAGUCUCAAAGGAGGUUAAACCGGAGUUGCGUAGCAGUGCAACUGAUGCUGCAGACAAAGGAGAUGGACCCGGUAAAACCAACGAGAAAAGCACCCUGCUUUUUGGGGAUGUAUCUAAGAAAAUAGAAGAUGCUCCUCCUUCUGCAUCGAGCUCAGCUAAAGGCUUGUUUACAUUUGGACUACCAUCAAAUGGUGCACCUCUUAGCAAUGGAUUAUCCAGUACAGUACCUGUAACAAUGAGUGUGUCAUCUCCAGCUCAAAUUUCAUGUAACUCAAAUGGCAUUGGUGUAUCUACAUCGACCCUGGCAUCUGAGUCUUCUUCACCAAUGUUCUCUCUCUCUAAUGGCAUUGGUGUAUCUACAUCGACCCUGGCUACUUCUGCAGCCACCUUUGGCAGCAGUAGCAAUUUAUCAACCUCAGUAACAGCUCCAUCAAUUUCAUUUGCGUCUGGUUUUCAAUUUGGAUCUUCUGCUAUUCCUUCUACCUCAUCAACAGUGUCAACUCCAGCUUCAGAAUCUGCUGCAAAUGCAGAAGCCAAAGGAAACGAGACUGCUUUUGGCAAUGCAACUAGCAGUCUGUUGAGUGCCAAGCCUUCUGCAACUGCUAGUUCAGGAAGCAAUAUGUCUGGGUUUACUGUUUCUUCUACCUUCACCACCAGUAGUGAGACUCAAAAUGCUGGCGCAGCUGUUGCCAGUGGAUCUAUCUUCGGUUUUCCAGCAUCAUCAUCUGCUAUUGCAGUCUCAACAUCAACACCAAGCUUCUCCAGUCAGUCUGCUUUUUCAGCCUCAUCUCAUAUAUUUGGGUAUAGCGCACCUGCUAGUGCUUCUAUGAACAAUGUUGCUAAUCCUUUCACUUCAAGCUCUGCGUCAGCAACAAGUGAUCUGUGUUCCUCUUCAGUGACUGCACCUGUCAGCUCAAGCAGUAAUACAUCAUCUAACAUAUUUGGUUGGCCAUCUUCUAAACCCACUGCUCCUGGCUCUAUGUUUGGCACAUCAUCUCAAUCAUCUGGUAUUUCAUUUGGGUUGACAGCUGCUGGGACUUCUGCACCUAGUAAUAGCACCCUUGUGUUUGGAGCUACCUCCAGCUCUUCGGCAGCUAGUAACAGUGCACCUUUUGUGUUCGGGUCUGGCUCAUCAGCGUCAGCUUCUGUUUUCUCAAUCCCUUCUGCUGCUGCCGUGCCUGCUUCUCCAAUUACACCCUUUUCGUCUCAGCCGCUAUUUGGUAGCUCUACCCCUCAAACAUUUGGAUUUGGUUCGACGCCCCCCGUUGGAAACAAUGAUAGGAUGAGCAUGGAAGAUAGCAUGGCUGAAGAUUCUGUGCAAGUACCAACACCUGCAGCACCAGUUUUUGGGACACAAGUUUCAGCACCAUCGAGUGGCUUUGUGUUUGGUGGAGCAGCACCAUCCACUGGAAGUCCAUUUCAGUUUGGCUGCCAGCAGAACCAAAUGGCCCCCCAGAGCACACCAUUUCAGCCCUCCGGUAGUCUAGAGUUUAAUGGGGCUGGGAGCUUUUCAUUAGGAAGUGGUGGCGGUGGCGAUAAAUCAAAUCGUAGGAUUGUGAGAGUGAAAAACAGAAUUAAGAGAAAAUGAAAGUGGUUGCUGAUAUUACAGGGAUUUAUGGAGCCAUGGCUUCUUUUAUUGAUUUCUCAUGGAGCAAGAAUGGGCAUAGCACCAGGACAUUGGUAUGACCUGGCUUGGCCUAUUUACUCACGAUACCUACAUGAUUUCGGGAAAGCAAGAACCAAAUCUCUUUCCAGCAUUUCAUAAAUUUUGCUUUUUAGGUGAUAGAUUACCAGUUACAAGGCUUAGUUUUCACAAUUUUGAGUUUAUUUGAAGUUGGUGAAAGAUUUGUAUCUGUAAUAACUGUAGUGUUUCAGUAGCUCUAGGAUCAUGUCUUCUGUAGCCAUAUUGUGUACCAUAUAGAACAGUGUCGUGAACCUAAACAGUUGAAGUUUGUCAGCAAAGACUACGUUGUGUGUAGAGAAUUUAUUCGAGAUGUUUUAUUACAUUCAAAA